AUGGCUGAAAUGGUGAGCCCAGAUGCGAUAUCAACAAUAUUAGCGAACCCGUCUCCUGAUUCAUCUUCAGACUUUGCGGAAUUGGUUGUACAAAAUCAGCAAAACGUUUUUUUNGGGAGCAAAUUCACUUUUACGGCGAGUGAUGGGAAAAAGAAGGUCAAGGCCAUGUUUCAAUCUACUUUAUCGUCUUUAAUCACCUCUGGGAGUAUUCAGAACUUGGGUCUUAUUCGGAUUCUCGAUUACACUCUAAAUGACAUCCCGACGAAGAACGAGAAGUACUUAUUUGUAACAAAGUUUGAGACUGUUUCUCCGGCACUUGACUCCGAGUACAAGGCCGAGGCAGAAGCUAAGGACAGUGGUGAUGAAUUGAAGCCAAAGCAGGAAAUGGAUGUCAAAAGUGAAGUUAAUGGUAUUGUUUUGAAGCCAAAGCAAGAAAUUGUUGCCAAAUCAGCUGCUCAAAUAGUUCAUGAGCAACAUCAAAAUAUGGCACCAUCUGCUCGAAUGGCAAUGACUCGAAGAAUUCAUCCACUUGUUUCCUUAAAUCCUUAUCAAGGAAUUUGGACAAUAAAGGUUCGUGUCACUGGUAAAGGAAACAUGCGGUCAUAUAGGAAUGCCAGAGGAGAAGGCUGUGUGUUCAAUGUAGAAUUAACCGAUGAAGAUGGCACACAAAUACAAGCAACAAUGUUUAAUGAGGCUGCAAAGAAGUUUUAUGAUAAGUUUCAGUUGGGGAAGGUCUAUUACAUAUCAAAGGGAACUCUGAAAGUUGCUAACAAGCAAUUCAAAACCGUGCAAAAUGAUUAUGAAAUGACAUUGAAUGAAAAUUCUGAAGUUGAGGAAGCUAGCAGUGAGGCUACUUUUAUUCCCGAAACAAAAUUCAAUUUUGUGCCAAUUGAUGAAUUAGGUCCAUAUGUGAAUGGGAGAGAUCUUGUCGAUGUUGUCGGUGUUGUUCGAGAAGUAUCAACAACCAUGAGUAUUCGACGGAAAAGCAAUAAUGAGACAAUUCCCAAGCGUGACAUUACAAUUGCUGAUGAGACGAAGAAGACUGUUGUUGUGUCUCUAUGGAAUGAUCUUGCCACAAGUGUAGGACAAGAACUGCUCGACAUGGCCGAUAAGUCACCAGUAGUUGCAAUUAAAUCACUCAAAGUUGGAGAUUUCCAGGGUUUAUCAUUGUCAGCACUAAGCAAAAGUGUUGUGGUAAUCAAUCCUGACUUGCCAGAAGCCAAGAAGUUGAGAUCCUGGUACGAUUCUGAAGGCAAAGAGACUUCUUUGGCAUCUGUUGGUUCUGGCUUAAGCCUUUCAACUAAAAGUGGUGCUCGAUCUAUUUUUACGGCGAGUGAUGGGAAAAAGAAGGUCAAGGCCAUGUUUCAAUCUACUUUAUCGUCUUUAAUCACCUCUGGAAGUAUUCAGAACUUGGGCCUUAUUCGGAUUCUUGAUUACACUCUAAACGACAUCCCCACGAAGAACGAGAAGUACUUAUUUGUAACAAAGUUUGAGACUGUUUCUCCUGCACUUGACUCCGAGUACAAGGACGAGGCAGAAGCUAAGGACAGUGGUGACGAAUUGAAGCCAAAGCAGGAAAUGGAUGUCAAAAGUGAAGUUAAUGGUAUUGUUUUGAAGCCAAAGCAAGAAAUUGUUGCCAAAUCAGCGGCUCAAAUAGUUCAUGAGCAACAUCAAAAUAUGGCACCAUCUGCUCGAAUGGCAAUGACUCGAAGAAUUCAUCCUCUUGUUUCCUUAAAUCCUUAUCAAGGAAUUUGGACAAUAAAGGUUCGUGUCACUGGUAAAGGAAACAUGCGUUCAUAUAGGAAUGCCAGAGGAGAAGGCUGUGUGUUCAAUGUAGAAUUAACCGAUGAAGAUGGCACACAAAUACAAGCAACAAUGUUUAAUGAGGCUGCAAAGAAGUUUUAUGAUAAGUUUCAGUUGGGAAAGGUCUAUUACAUAUCAAAGGGAACUCUGAAAGUUGCUAACAAGCAAUUUAAAACCGUGCAAAAUGAUUAUGAAAUGACAUUGAAUGAAAAUUCUGAAGUUGAGGAAUCUAGCAGUGAGGCUACUUUUAUUCCCGAAACAAAAUUCAAUUUUGUGCCAAUUGAUGAAUUAGGUCCAUAUGUGAAUGGGAGAGAUCUUGUCGAUGUUGUCGGUGUUGUUCGAGAAGUAUCAACAACCAUGAGUAUUCGACGGAAAAGCAAUAAUGAGACAAUUCCCAAGCGUGACAUUACGAUUGCUGAUGAGACGAAGAAGACUGUUGUUGUGUCUCUAUGGAAUGAUCUUGCCACAAGUGUAGGACAAGAACUGCUAGACAUGGCCGAUAAGUCACCAGUAGUUGCAAUUAAAUCUCUCAAAGUUGGAGAUUUCCAGGGUUUAUCGUUGUCAGCACUAAGCAAAAGUGUUGUGGUAAUCAACCCUGACUUGCCAGAAGCCAAGAAGUUGAGAUCCUGGUAUGAUUCUGAAGGCAAAGAGACUUCUUUGGCAUCUGUUGGUUCUGGCUUAAGCCUUUCAACUAAAAGUGGAGCUCGAUCGAUGUAUACUGAUAGGGUCUUGUUAUCUCAUAUCACCAGUAACCCAUCGUUGGGUGAGGACAAGCCUGCAUAUUUCAGUGUUAAAGCAUACAUAAGUUACAUCAAAACCGACCAAACUAUGUGGUAUCGUGCAUGCAAGACAUGUAACAAGAAAGUCACGGAUGCUAUUGGAUCUGGCUAUUGGUGUGAAGGAUGCCAAAAGAACUACGAAGAAUGCAGCUUGAGAUAUAUAAUGGUAGUGAAAGUUUCUGAUGCAAGUGGUGAAGCCUUUUUCUCCCUUUUUAAUGAACAAGCAGAGGAAAUAAUUGGUUGCUCCGCAGACGAACUUAACGAACUAAAGUCCCAGGAUGGAGAAAAUUCUUAUCAAAUGAAAUUGAAGGAAGCUACAUGGAUUCCACACCUGUUUCGAGUUAGCGUUACUCUACAAGAAUACAACAAUGAGAAAAGGCAGCGGAUAACUAUCAGAGCUGUUGCUCCUGUGGAUUAUGCAACUGAAUCAUCGUCUUUGAUCGAACAAAUAUUGAAGAUGAAAAUCUAA